GGUCACCGAGGGUGCGCAGUGGUGUUGGGGGGGGUGGACAGCCGCGGCCCGUCUUUGUACAAAAUUCACCCGCACGGGUCUACAGACUCUGCUAAUUUCGCAGCAAUGGGCAGCGGCAGCCUCAAUGCUAUGGCUGUACUCGAAGCAGGUUAUAAGGACGGCUUGACGGAGGAGGAGGCUCGAGCGUUGGUGUGUGCAGCAAUAACAGCGGGUGUUAAGAACGACUUAGGCAGUGGGGGUAAUGUAGAUUUAGUAAUAAUAAAAGAGAAUGAAACAGAACAUAUACGUAAGUAUGCUUCACCGGCAAGAGAAGCAGAAAAAGCUGCCUAUACACCGUACGAUAUCGGCACUACACCCUUCUUUAAAGAGCAUAUUGAAGCUAUUAAACCCCUUGUAGCUGUACAAGAAGAAGUUGAAAUGCUAGAAGCAUCUUAA